AUGGCGAUUUCACAUUCACACAUCAACAUGAUAUCUCCAUCGAUGAACCAGUUUUCUUCCUUGUUUACAACAAACAUUGGUUCACCAUCAUCAUGGUUUGCUAUAUAUGCUUCCUUCUCCUCAUUUAUGAUGAUUUUAAGAACAGCAAUCAAUGAUCUCGUACCCUUAAGGCUUAGAACUUUCAUCAUCUCAAAGCUACAAUCUUUUUUCAUAAAUUACCAACCCUACAAUCAACAAGUCUCACUUCAAGUCGAUCAACUUUGGGAUGGAUAUACCAACAAUAUUCUUUACAAUGCAGCCAAAGAGUAUCUUCCUACUAAAAUAUCCAACACUUACAAAUCCCUCAAAAUUGGGAAACUAUUCGAUCAAAACAACAUACUAGUAGCUUUUGAUGGAAAGCAAGCAGUGGUGGAUGAAUUUGAAGGUAUCGAGAUUAAAUGGAUAAUUAUCGAAAAAACCAAAAAUCGUCCUUUAGAAGAUCCCAGUAAUGAACUAUAUUAUGAUGAAAUGUAUGAGAAUAUGCCAAGAGAAUAUGAAUCUCAGGGGAAUAGAUUUGUGUUAAGUUUUGAUGAGAAGCAUAGAGAUAAAGUAAUGGAGAAGUAUAUUCCACAUGUUUUAAGUACUUAUGAAGCUAUAAUCUCUGAGCGUAGGAGUCUACAGAUCCAUUCAAGUCAAAGUGGUUGUUGGAUGCGAAGUAAUUUUAAUCAUCCAGCUUCAUUUGAUUCACUUGCUUUGGAUCCUGAUCUAAGGAAAACUGUAACAGAUGAUUUAGAUAGAUUUUUGAGGAGGAAAAAGAUCUAUAAGAAAGUUGGUAAACCUUGGAAACGUGGUUAUCUAUUGUAUGGUCCACCAGGAACAGGAAAAUCUAGUCUUAUUGUUGCUAUAGCAAAAUAUUUGAAAUUUGAUGUCUAUGAUUUGGAUCUAAGUUCUGUGCAUUCUAACUUUGAACUCACUACAAUGUUGAGAGGGACAUCUAACCGAUCCAUCAUCGUCAUUGAAGACAUUGACUGCAACAAAGAGGUGCUCGAUCGAUCAAAAUUUGCGGACAUGUAUCCAGACAUGGAUUUCCUGGACCGGGUAGCUAAGGGUGGCAACUCUGCCAAUUCUGGAAAGUUUACUCUAUCAGGACUUCUUAACUAUAUGGAUGGUUUGUGGGCAUGUUGCGGGGAGGAACGAAUUUUGAUAUUUACUACGAACCAUAAAGACAAAAUAGAUCCAGCAUUGUUGCGCCCUGGUCGCAUGGACAUGCAUAUUGAGUUGUCUUAUCUUAAAGCCAAGCCAUUCAGAAUCUUAGCUUCUAAUUAUUUGGACAUUGAAGAACAUCACCACCCUCUCUUAGAACAAGUUGAUGAACUAUUGGAUAAAAUGGAUGUCACCCCUGCAUUAGUGGCAGAGCAUUUGUUGAGAGGUGAAGAUGCUGAUGUUGCUCUCAAAACACUUAUUAAACUUCUUCAAGGAAUGGACAUUGAAGACUAUAGUCAGCAAGUAUAG